AUGAAGCCGCGGCCGGUCGAAAGGCUUUUUAUUGUUUCUCCGGAUCAAUUCGUUGAUUUUACAACGGUGCUUGAUGGGAAAUUAACUGCACAUUAUGAACUCUACAAUAUCUCUUCAGGACGAAUGGGCUUCCGUAUCCAAUCAAACGCAUCGGAAAACUAUCGCGUUGUGCCAUCUUCUGGAUUCAUCGAGUCGGGGGCGCGACUUGUGGUGACAACGACCGUGCGAAGUGGAGGAAAUGUCGAUUCGCGCCACUGUUUUCGUAUCCAUGGUUUGGAUGUGUGCGAUAGCGAGCUUGAUCUAACUAUUGAUGAGUUCUGGAAGUACCACCCCAAAAUUAUGAAGGAGAGUUAUACGCUGAAAGUCCGAGCUCCAGAAUUCAGGGAGAGUCGAUUACGUGAACGCCUUCUCACUCAGGUCGCAGCUAUUCGACAAACCAAUAGCACUCUUCGCAAAAGGAUCGAAACUUUAGAGUUAAACAACAAUUACUUGGUUGGACUAACGGACGUAUCGGAACAUCAUGGACAUGCAUCACGGAUUAUUGUGCACUUUGCCUACUCGAUGCUCGCCAUUCUACUCACGUUGUUCGCAUGGGAUCUCUCGAUGGCGAUCAUUUUUUCGGAUGAAUAUGAGACGAUUCUACUCGAGAAAGGACAAAAACAUUUGGAAACUGCCGCAAAUUUUAUCGAGGCUCUACGAGAAGAGCGAAAUCUGACACAGGAAAACUUUGUGAUUAAA